UUUUUGAUGAAGUUCUUCUCUGGGAGUCUGGGUAGUGCAUACUUGUACUGCUCAUUGCCCAAAAGACCGUCUUUGUCUGCUGCUCUGCGUGUAAGGACUGGUGUGAGAGAUGAGCAACUACGGCGAAGUAAACAAAGAAGAAGAAAGAGGAGGAAGAGAAGAUAUAUGGGUCAAAGUCGAGGGAGCAGCUGACGAUCUGUAUCGUAUCCGAGAUUCUUAUUUCCCUGCUAAUCCACUUGACAAAGUCUCCAAACUUCAACAUGAAUCUGAUCUGGCUCUCAAGCUUCUCGAUUCCAUUCAUCCUGAACAGAGGAGAACACCAAUGCAGCGGGCUAUGCAUGAGUAUCUGAAAGGAAAGAUAUUGGACGUGGUUCCCGACUAUAAUAAAGAAGCAGAGGAUCAUCUCUCAAAAGCUGUUAAGUUGAACCCGUAUCUUGCAGAUGCCUGGCUAUGUUUGGGUAACUGCAUCUGGAAAAAAGGAGAUCUAGCUUCCGCGAGGAACUGCUUCAACCUUGCACUAAGCAAGGGUCCAAAUAAGAGAAUUCUUUGUCAAUUGUCAAUGCUUGAAAGAAGUAUGGCUCAAGGUGUUGACAAUCAAGCGGAAAUUGUUGAGGAAAGCAUUCGACACGCCAAGGAAGCUAUUUCUUUGGAUGUCAAGGAUGGGAAUUCUUGGUACAAUCUUGGAAAUGCAUGCCUUACAAGUUUUUUCAUGACUGGAGCUUGGGAUCACAGUAGACUCCUUCAAUCUUUAAAAGCAUACCAAAAUGCUGAGAAAGAUGAAAGAAUGAAGGAAAAUCCAGACCUAUAUUAUAACUGUGCCACUGUAAACAAAUAUCUGGAGAAUUACGAGAGGGCUUUAAGUGGAUUCGAAGCUGCAGCUUUGAAGGAUCCUGCUCUCAAUUCUAUUGAUGAAGUUCGAAAGAUGGUUAAUCUUCUAGAGAAGCUAGAGAAUUUGUUGAGGGGACAUGCUAGAGGAAAGCGACUUGCAUCAUUGGCAUCAUCACUGGCUGCUGUUAAUUUGAACUCUUCAUAUAAAAGAGCAACAAUUGAUCUACUAUCAGAAGGUCUGAACAAAGCGGUGGCUGUAUUGGGAAAGGUGGUACUCAUUGUGAAGCACGAGAAUGUCACUCCCCUAUACUAUUUGGUAUGCGAUUCAAGUCAACUGUGCUUUGUUCUGUCAGUGUAUGGUAUACGCAAUGAUGUGAUUAAAGAAGGAGAUCAGCUUACGUUGUUGGAUCCUUGUUACCACUAUGUUGACUUCUCUUGGAAGGAGAAGUCUUACAAAUUCAAAUCAAUUCGUGUGGAUUUCUCGGAGCAAGUGCUUCUGAAUGGAAAAGCUCUCUCUCCUCAUCAAGCAAUUCGUACGUCAAUUUAUGCUCAACAUAAACCAUGAAAGAUUGAAACGCUUGUGUUGUCGUGUGUUGUUUGAUUGGAAGGGGGACUUUUGCAUAUGUAUGCUUGCCCAUACUGGGUUGUGUUGUAAAUAGAUGAGAAGAAAGAGGAAAGAAUAUCUGCAAGAGCAUUUAAUCUUGCCAUGCCAAGAUUAUAGCUACCGACAAAAUAUCGGAGAACAUUGUAAUAUGAUUGUAUUGGUUUUUGUAUAUGUUCAAUUAUAGUGAUCAA